CUGUAGAGUGAGCAGAAAAUUGGAAAAUUUUCACGUCUUCAAAUUUUUAUGCCGGAAUACUGUUUUCACAAGAAAUUUUCGCCGGUGUCGUAAGAUGCCGCGAUUAAGAAAAUGAAUUAGGAAGUUAUACGCCGGAAGCCGCUGGGAAGUGCAACAUUCAAUCGUUUUUUGUUUUUAUUUGUUGUGAUUGUUCAAAGACGAAUGAAAAUUUGAACCCGUGUUCAAGUUGAACCAUAAACGCAAUUCAAACAAGUUAUUUGGAUUUUUUUUCCAAAGGAUUUUGUCUACCCCCUCGCAAAAUUAUCUACACCGGGGGUGACAUUGAGGCUAAUUAGUGCUUGCGAAUAAGUGAGGAAGACACACAGAGUGCAGUGCAAUGGCAUCGACGAUGCAGUUGGAGUUUGCCCAGGCGAUGGCUGAUUUUAAAAAUAUGUUCCCGGAGAUGGAUCGAGAUGUGAUAGAGGCAGUGUUACGUGCGAAUCAAGGUGCCGUAGACGCAACAAUAGAUCAGCUUCUGGCAAUGAGCACCGAUAAUCAGAACGAAAAGCUCCGACAGGAGUUGGAUGACGACACUGGACGAAUUCCUCCAUCCGGCGGUGGAAACAAUCAGAACAUUGGUUCUGGAGCGCUGCUGGAUUUAACCAGUAACAUGGCACCGGUUUUACUCAGCACUUCACCGAAAACGUCAGCUCUGGGAGCUUCACCUAAAAUCAAGAAAUCUCCAGGCAGCAGCAGUGCUACCAACAGCCCGCGUGCCGUUAUUGGCAGUAAUGCCCGCGAUGGCGACAAACCAGUCGCCAAUCGGAAAUGGAACCCACCGUUGCUGGGACCCCUUCCACCCACCUUCCUACGGCUGGCCGGAAGCGGCGAAGCAACCCGGAACACAGAGUUCGACCUCGGAGACGAGCAGUUUGCGAUGAUGCUGCAGAAUGAGGAGUUCAUGGCCGAGUUGAGAUGGAAUCAGGAGUUCCUGUCGGCGCUAGAGAAGGACCACCAAGGUAAGGUUUCGGACGAUGCCGCGUUCAAGGAACGGCUGCGUCACAUGGGUAAGAUUUCUAGGAAAAAGUUUGCCCAGCUGGCGAGGGUGUUCACCUGGCAGAGAGGUGGCACCAAGAAGGCCAGUGCCGUUAGACAUCCGGAUUCGCUGUUGCUGCAGGAGGAGCACAGCGAUGACGAUGAACCUAAAAAGGUCGCCAAAAAGUAAGUUCGUUAUCUCCACUAACUAAAAUGAAUCACACCCACUAUCUAUCGAAUAGAAUCUCCGUUUUGCAGCAGGGAACGAGAGCGUGCGAUCAAUGAUAAAGUUAUACAAACAUUAUAUUGUAAUAGGUACUAAAAUGCUAAACUAUCCAGGAGUGAGUGUACGAAGGUGCAAAAUUGAUUCCAGAAUUUUACCUUGAUUUUUAUUAGGGACGGGAAUUAGACGGGGUGGAUAAGACUGUUAUAUUUUUCUGUGAAAAGUUUGGAGGAAACUUUACUAAUAUUACUAAUACCGACCGAUGGUGGACAGAGCGAGAGCAGGGUUUGGCGAGUGCAUGGAGAUUGGAGAGUCAUAUCAGCGAGCAGCGAACGAUUAAUACGAUUGACCUUCUUUUGUUCUGGAACCCGCGUCGCAAGUGCAAUUGCUUCUUCUAGUUAUUUAUUUGUAAAUAGGCAGAGAUUGUUUAUUUUAUGUUUUUCAUAUUUGGUUUAAUAUUUCGUUAGCUGUUUAGGUUAGGGAAAUAUAUGCAUUUAGGAUACCGCA